AUGAGAAAAUCUCACAGGUGAGCGAGAUCACCUUAUCGGAGAUAAGAGUCGACAAAAUUGAGGAUUCUCCUUCUCGCGGGCGAUCGCCAUGGAUUUGUCUCUUCUCCGUCCGCAGCCAUUCCUAUCGCCAUUCUCAAAUCCAUUUCCUCGGUCGCGUCCCUACAAGCCUCUCAACCUCCGUUGCUCCGUAUCCGGUGGAUCCGUCGUCGGCUCUUCUACAAUCGAAGGCGGAGGAGGAGGUAAAACCGUCACGGCGGACUGCGUGAUCGUCGGCGGAGGAAUCAGCGGCCUGUGCAUUGCGCAAGCGCUCGUGACGAAGCACCCAGACGCUGCAAAGAAUGUGAUGGUGACGGAGGCGAAGGACCGUGUGGGAGGGAAUAUCAUCACGCGAGAGGAGCAAGGGUUUCUAUGGGAAGAAGGUCCCAACAGCUUUCAGCCGUCUGAUCCUAUGCUCACUAUGGUGGUAGAUAGUGGUUUGAAAGAUGAUCUAGUCUUGGGAGAUCCUACUGCUCCGAGGUUUGUGUUGUGGAAUGGGAAGCUGAGGCCGGUUCCGUCGAAGCUAACUGACUUGCCUUUCUUUGACUUGAUGAGUAUUGGAGGGAAGAUUAGAGCUGGGUUUGGUGCCAUUGGUAUUCGACCUUCACCUCCGGGUCGUGAGGAAUCAGUGGAAGAGUUUGUAAGGCGUAAUCUUGGUGAUGAGGUUUUUGAGCGCUUGAUUGAACCCUUUUGCUCAGGUGUUUAUGCGGGAGAUCCUGCGAAACUGAGUAUGAAAGCAGCUUUUGGGAAGGUUUGGAAGCUAGAGGAGAAUGGUGGGAGCAUCAUUGGUGGUGCUUUUAAGGCAAUUCAAGCGAAAAAUAAAGCUCCCAAGACAACCCGAGAUCCGCGUCUGCCAAAGCCAAAGGGCCAAACUGUUGGUUCUUUCAGGAAAGGACUCACAAUGCUGCCAGAGGCAAUCUCCGCAAGGUUGGGUGACAAGGUGAAAGUUUCUUGGAAGCUCUCAAGUAUCACUAAGCUGGCCAGCGGAGAAUAUAGCUUAACUUACGAAACUCCGGAGGGUAUAGUCACUGUACAGAGCAAAAGUGUAGUGAUGACUGUGCCAUCUCAUGUUGCUAGUAGUCUCUUGCGCCCUCUCUCUGAUUCUGCAGCUGAAGCGCUCUCAAAACUCUACUAUCCGCCAGUUGCAGCCGUAUCCAUCUCAUACGCGAAAGAAGCAAUCCGAAGCGAAUGCUUAAUAGAUGGUGAACUAAAAGGGUUCGGCCAGUUGCAUCCACGCACGCAAAAAGUGGAAACUCUUGGAACAAUAUACAGUUCAUCGCUCUUUCCCAACCGAGCACCGCCUGGAAGAGUAUUGCUAUUGAACUACAUCGGUGGAGCUACCAACACUGGGAUCUUAUCAAAGUCGGAAGGUGAGUUAGUGGAAGCAGUAGAUAGAGACUUGAGGAAGAUGCUGAUAAAGCCAAGCUCGACCGAUCCACUUGUACUUGGAGUAAAAGUAUGGCCUCAAGCCAUUCCUCAGUUUCUGAUAGGUCACAUUGAUUUGGUAGACGCUGCGAAAGCAUCUCUCUCGUCGUCUGGUCAUGAGGGCUUAUUCUUGGGUGGAAAUUACGUUGCCGGUGUAGCAUUGGGUCGGUGUGUGGAAGGUGCUUAUGAAACUGCAACCCAAGUGAAUGAUUUCAUGUCAAGGUAUGCUUACAAGUAAUGUAACGCAGCAACGAUUUGAUACUAAGUAGUAGAUUUUGCAGUUUUGACUUUAAGAACACUCUGUUUGUGAAAAAUUCAAGUCUGUGAUUGAGUAAAUUUAUGUAUUAUUACUA